GCCAGCAUUAGAUAAAACAGAGCUGCAUCUUAGUGAUCUCCCACACCAAGCUAUUUAACCAGAUAACCGGAGAAUGACAUCACUUCGGGAAGUUACGCCUGUUCCCUCUACCUCCACACUUCCUGCUUCCACAACGCUUCCUGUUUUCAAGGAGGGAAACUGCCACCCAAAGGUCAUAGAAGUGGAGGCACCAUCCACACGCUGUUCAAAUAUAAAAGAUGAUACAUCAUCAUCCUCAUCUUCUCCUUCACCUCCUAAACCGCUACUGAUUUUUACUCCAACCACUGCAGGCACUUACCCUGUUAUCUUGUUCUUCCAUGGCUUCUACCUCCGUAACUAUUUCUACACUGACCUCCUGAACUUCAUUUGCUCCCAUGGAUUCAUAAUCGUUGCUCCUCAGUUAUGUAACAUUAUUCCACCUGGAGGGCAAGAAGAAGUAGACUUGGCAGGGGAGGUGGCAGAUUGGGUUCCCUUAGGCCUGAAAUCCUUUCUUCCGGAGAACGUUGAGGCAAACUUACUCAAGCUGAAUCUCGUAGGCCACAGCAGAGGAGGAAAGACGGCUUUCGCCGUUGCACUUGGCUAUUCCAAGACGACCCAAAAGUUCUCUGCUUUAGUAGGCAUCGACCCUGUAGCUGGGAAAAGCGUUCAUUGCAGAACACAACCUCACAUCCUCACCUUCAGACCCUGUUCUUUCAACUUGUCGAUUCCGAUCACUGUAAUCGGAACUGGACUGGGAGGUGUAAAGAAGAACUGCCUGUCGGUGCCGUGUGCUCCGGACGGUGUUAACCAUGUUGAGUUCUUCAAUGAAUGCAAGCCGCCUCGGGCCCACUUCGUGGCGACAAAUUACGGUCACAUGGACAUGUUAAACGACGGUCUGCGUGGAAUUGUCGGAGUAAUGGCGGACUGUUUGUGCACAAACAGUAGCCGUCCUCGGGACCCGAUGAGGAAAUGUGUAGGCGGUAUUGUCGUCGCCUUUUUGAAUGCUUAUUUGGAGGGUCAGAAUGGAGAUUUCCUGACCAUCGUGAGAGAGCCUUCUGUUGCGCCCGUCGAUCUUAGUUCAGUUGAGCUCGAUGAGUAAUGUGUGUGUAAAUAUAUGUUAAUAUAUUUUUGGCUUAUAUAUUAUGUUUGAUAAUUAUGUGACAUUUCAGCAAUUUCAAGCUGUAUUGAAGCUAAAAUUGCAUUCAUUGUGAAUCUAUCUCAUGAGGGUAUUUUUUUUAAUAGAUAAAUAGAAAACUACAUU